CCUUCUGUCCCCGACGACCAGGUGUCCCUGUUGGCUGUAGAUGAGAUGCACCAGGACCUGCCGCCGAUGGAGCGAGAUAUGUACUGGAAUGAGCCAGAACCACAUCCCCCGUACACAGCAGCUUCUGCCCAGUCUCGUCGGCCCUCCUUUUUUGGCUCCACCUUCAACAUCAGUCUGGAUAAGGAGGAUAUGGAGUUUCAGCCAGAUCUGGAGGAGGAGGAGGAGGAGGAGGAGAGUGCUCACACUGGCAUCACUGGCCAUUUCCUAGGGCUGCAACCCCAUGACCGCCAGCCCCCCAGGACAAACUCAAAGACCAAACUACUGUGGCCAAAGAAAGAAGUCCUCUCCCAUGAGGGCCAGCCCAAGGACCUCGGGGGAGCCGGACAGGACACCAGUGAUCAGGAAGACAGCAAGGCCUGGAAAGGGGAGGAUGCCUUCCAGUCCGCUGUGCUGUGUGGGCGGUCAGGCUACCACAGUGCGCCACAGACACCCCCCAGCCACAGCCCUACGGUCUUCCCACCUGGACAGUCAGCAGCCUCAAGUCUUCGCAAAGUCUCAGGCAUAGAUGACACCGUCAAAGACCAAAGCCUUCAGCCUGCAACUCCCAGGUCCAAGAAGGGUUUUGAAUUGCUCCCAGAGAGCGCUGGGGCCCCACCGGAGCACCCGGAAGUGAGUCACGUGAGGAGGAAAACUGUUGAGUUUAACCUAAUGGACAUGUCAGAGGCCCCUGAACAUCUCAGAGAAUCGCAUUUGGGACAGUCGACAAGCAACAUACACACUAUACUCAAAGAUCGUGGCGAUCCCUAUUGGGCCUUGGAAAACAGGGAGGAAGCACAUUCCUAGCCUGUUUCCCAAGGGGGAUGCUUCACCGGCCUGGUCCUACCUGCGUGUACACCGGCAGGACACUGAUCCAGUCAUAGCCAUAUAGCUGUCCACGCUGAAGAGUAUGUCCCUACGACAGCCUGAAUUAAACGGUUACCUUAAUGGAGAACAAGAAUCAGUAGCGUCAAGUCUACUUUAAGCCUUAAAAUGCUUUUUGUACAUAUAAAUUGUGAAAACCAGAACUGCUGGAAACAUAUAAAACACCCCAUUCAGAAUCAGGAAUCCUUAAGUCCUGUCUGAAUUCAAAACACCCAAGCCUUGGUAUCUUUCCCAGACUAAGGAAUUUAAUAAGUAAAUACAAAUCCUCCUAAGCGU